UGAUAAGAUAUUUACAGUGGUUUGUGCACGAUUUGUGAUACGGAGUUCCAAACGUUGGUUCUUUGCGACACAAAUUUGUUAUUGAAACGUUGAGAUUACGGUCAAUCUUAAACUUGAAACUUAUUCAAACGCUAUCGCCUCCUGCGAUACGACUUCUAACUUUUCCGAAUGCCGAACCAACGCUUGCAAGCUCUUAUUUAUAUUAUAAUUAUUAGGACAUAAUAAUUAUAGUUAACUUUAAUUUAUAGUUUUUAAAACAACAUUAAAAACUGAAGUCAUGAAGAAAUUUGAAAACAAACAGGUUUCUUCUAAAACAAUCGGUAAUUCGUCAACAUCAAAACCCAAGGUCAACGAUGUAAAUGACAAAAAAACUAAAUCCAUCAUUAAAAGAAAGUCCAUCAAAUAUAACUGCAAAGCUCUGAAAAAGACUUCUUUAAGACGAUCAUUAAGAAAGUCAUCCAUAAAGAUUUAUACAAAGGAAGAUGUACCUGACGAUGAUCUUAACAUUUUACAUCAAUGGAAGGGAACAUCAAAUGCUAUGAAGACACUUCCAAAAGAUUUGUACAUAAAAACCGCUACAAUCCCCAACGCCGGCAGGGGUGUUUUUACAAAGAAAAAAGUUAAAAUGAACACUCGUUUUGGACCAUACAGAGGAGAGGUACUUUCGCUUAAAGACGCAGAGGAUGGAAGAGAUCCUUCGUAUAUGUGGGAGAUUGUACAAGGAGGAAAGGUUGUAUAUUGCAUUGAUGGUAAGGACCUUGCUCAAGGUAAUUGGAUGAGAUUUGUGAAUUGUGCAAGAUUUGAAGAAGAACAAAAUAUAAUUGCAUAUCAAUAUAAUGGAGAAAUUUACUACCGAGUUUAUAAAGAGAUUGAAGCCGAUAAAGAAUUCCUUGUUUGGUAUGGAGAUGAGUAUGCUGAACAGUUGGGAAUAUCGUUGUUUGAUGAGGAAGAUAAUGACAAUCAUCAGUUUGAAGUUGGAGGUUACAGCUGUAGACACUGUGGAAGGAUGUAUACCUAUCCCGACUAUUUAGAGAAACAUUUAAAACGAUGUCCAAUGCUUGUUUGUACGAAUCCCUGGGAAUGUCCACGUUGUGGUCGAAAGUACAGUAGUGAAGACUAUCUAAAUGCUCACAUGAAAAAUGAAUGCGGAAAAAAUCCACGAUUAAAACGACAUGUGAGUGUUCAAACUGGAGAGAAGCCUUACAAAUGUGAACAUUGUGGUAAAAGAUUUACACAGCUUGGUCACUUAAAACGUCAUGGUAUUAUACAUACAGGAGAGAAACCUUAUCAAUGUCAACAUUGUGGUAAAACAUUUUCACAGAAUUGUCAUUUGAAUCAACACCUUAGGAUACAUACAGGAGAGAAACCUUGUCAAUGUCAACAUUGUGGUAAAACAUUUUCACAGAAUUGUCAUUUGAAUAAACACAUUAGGAUACAUACAGGAGAGAAACCUUAUCAAUGUGAACAUUGUGGUAAAACAUUUUCACAGAAUUGUGAUUUGAAAAAACACCUCAGGAUACAUACAGGAGAGAAACCUUAUCAAUGUCAACAUUGUGGUAAAACAUUUUCACAGAAUUGUAAUUUGAAUCAACACCUUAGGAUACAUACAGGAGAGAAACCUUAUCAAUGUCAACAUUGUGGUAAAAGAUUUAAUAAGAAGAAUAACUUGAAACAGCACGGUAAGAUCCAUGUUUGUAAGAAACAUUUAUGAUAUGAAUACUGUGGCAAGGGAUUUACAAAGGAUUGAUUGAGAGUAAGGCUGACAAGGAGGCCUUCGCCCUUCUAAUCUUGUGAAGGACUGCCAUCAUGAAAAAAUGCAAUCCUUAGAGAAAUUAUGAUGGAGGUAAUC